GCGCGUCUUUGUACGCGGCGCUUUUUUUGCGCGAAACGGCCGAGCGUUAUACCCUCCGUAGUGGACAUUUAAAUCGAAGUCAUCCGGUCCAUUUAAUCGAUCGUUUUAGUUCCGGAUUGCGUUGGAUCGACUCCUUAAUCCAUCUAGUUGAGCAAUCAUGGCACAGUUUUGAUCGCAGGUUCGCGUAAUAUUCGUUUGGAGGGGGAUUUUUCGAGGUCUACUAUGUCCGCGUAGCGGAAGCCUACUUUGUGCUGGGCGCCGGCUGCUGGCGGUGGGGUCCGCAUCGCGUCGAGGGAUGAUGAUCUCCACGCGUCAGGUGGACUUGGUUCACCCGGAGAUGGCCAGCGGAAGCUUCAAGACACCCACGGCCAAGGAACCGGGAGGAUCGCGGCACUCGCUCGUCAAGCCGGGCCAGCUGCCGGCGGCUGCCAUUGUGAUGGACGAGUACGGACAGACCCCCGACCACUUCUACCUGGCCCGCAAUCCGGCCAAGCCGCCUGCGGAGAGGAACCAGGUCAAGCGCCGGCUAGACAUGGAGUCCCCCGAGCCGUUUGCCUUCAAGGCACCAGCGACUAAGAAGGGGCGUCUGGCCACCUCAGCAGGAGGUCAACUUCGCAAAAGCGGGGAACGCAAUCGGUAUGACACGUCCCUUGGUCUGCUUACAAAAAAGUUCAUCCAGCUGCUGAAAGGUGCAUCAGACGGGGUGGUGGAUUUAAAUAAAGCAUCGGAGCUGCUAGGCGUACAGAAGCGGCGCAUCUACGACAUCACAAACGUCCUCGAGGGCGUCGGCCUCAUCGAGAAGAAGUCCAAAAACAACAUCCGGUGGAGGGAGGGACGGGGGGCGGCCACUCUGAACGGAACCAGGCAGCGCAUUCUGCAGCAAGAGGUUGACGAGUACAUCAAGGUGGAACGCGAGCUGGACGAGCUGCUCGAAGGCGCAGUGUCUGACCUGCGAGGGAUUGCUGAGAACGUAGAUCGAAGGUAUGCCUAUGUGACGUAUCGUGACCUGCGGAGCAUCAGCAGCCUGGCUGACCAGACCGUGAUAGCAGUCAAGGCACCUCCUGAGACACGGCUAGAAGUGCCUGAUCCCCACAAGGGCCUGCAGAUAUGGCUCAAGAGUGAAAAAGGGGAGAUUGAGGUGUACCUGUCCAACCCCGAAGAUCCCGUGGGACUUGUCAACUGCGAUGCAGAGGUCCCUGUGAACAGCCAGCCCUCGUCGUCCUCUUCAGGGGACUACGAGGAGGCACCAGCCCAGUCCGCUGUGGCCGGACCCUCCACGGAGGAGGUGGUGCUAAAGCGGGCCCUCAUCUCGGAAGAGGACGACCUUGGACCGAUGGGCGGCCGGCAGUUGCUGGUGCAAACUGAGGACCAGCUUCUAGCGGACAGCUUUGUGCAGCUGGAGCCCCCCCUCUCGGAGGAGGACUAUGCCUUCACUCUGGAUCAGGCCGAGGGCAUUGCCGACCUGUUCGACGACUACGACUUCUCCGACCUCUGCCCCCCAUCUAAGUGAUGGCUGUCUUCUCGAUUCCAAUCCCUCUCACUGUCUGUCUGUGCCGACAAGUACAAAAAAACAGGCGCCGUGCCGUUGCCGGCUCUUCCCCCGGUGACGCCCUUCCUCCCUCCUCCUCCACGUAGCACUGCCACCGCACGCACGUGUGUACGCACCGUUUCCUACUCGUGCGCGAGUGCAGGUGGCCAACAUAACUGUACAGUACUGGCCGUGGGAAAUCAAACAUGUUGAGCCUAUGUUAUUAGGGUAUCUAUGUGAUUCUGCACCACACGUCUGUGUCCUUGUCCUCUCCUGGAAUGUGUUGUGCGUGUCUGUCUGUGUUGAGCCCUUCUGUUGUUUGUUUGUUUCGUUCAUUUUCUAUUCUGCUGUUUUGUAUUUAUGCUUUUGACAGAUAGCUUUUAGACUGUGUCCUCUCCUGCUUGAGGAUAGACUCUGAGGGGCUAUUGUGGGGUGCACAUCAGGAGAAAGAUUAACAUUAUUUGUCUGCUUGCUGGUGCUGCCCCUGGAACGAGGUUUUACGAUGUGUAUUUUAGUCGCGCUUGAGGAAUCUGUUCACUGUUGGUGUAGCACUGCAGCACCAAAUGUUGCAGCUUGGUGGAAGCUUUCAUAUGUGUGUGUUUGCUUUGAAGAAGUCUUACCGUUGUUGCCUUUGAAAGCACACAAGCUCACACAGCCCACACACUUAGUUAUAAACUAGCUGGGCUGCAGCAGGAAGCAUGGACUUUAUCAUAGUGGCAUGUUUGUGCAAUUUUGCGUUAUUUGUGCUUUUAUUUAGCUUUCUUUGGCCACAUUAGGGGCAUUAUGAAGGAGGUUGCCAUCUGCUCUCUGGUGAUGGUUGCAGAGCCGGGUUGACUCAGUCAUUUUAGUCUUAUAUUUGUGCCAUUAGCAUGGCAUCGAAGCAGAGGAGUUUUGAAAGCUGCGGGUCGUGCUGUUUGGAUGUAUUAUUUUCCAUUCAGGGUGCUAAUUUGACAGUGUAGUCAGCUUAGCAAGACAAUGAACUGUUUUUCAACAGUGAUUUCAGAUUAUUUUUUAAUGGCGUGGACAUCUGAGUAGGCAACGUAGACUUCGGGUUACUGCUGCUUUAAUUGUAUAAAGUUCUAUUUAUCGCUUUGUUGCUUUAGGACUGAUAGAUGACAGUGCUGCUUCCAUGUUGAAAGAUUAGAAGCUUGUUUGUGUGGGCAACGUCUCCGUCUUAAGAAGCAGCGACUAACUCGUCUGCUAUAGCUCCAUCAGUGCCAUCAGCUUAGUGCUAAGAAAGAAACAGAGUUUACUAUGUUUGAUCCCAAAGGCACAGUACUUUUUGACAGUUGGCACUGUUAGUACCUUUGGAAGGGCUCUGCUUUGAGCCGGCAGCACUGAAAAGGUGAGUCAGACUGUAAAAAGGGCCAAUAGGCAUUAAUUGUGCAGUGCUAAGAAGCAUAAGUCACCCUUUGUAGAUUACUUCAUGGAGAAAGGAAAAAGCAAUGUGUAGGGGGGGUUGUCCUUUUCUUCUUUAGGCUGACUAGUUCAGAUGGGAAUGGUGCUGAUGGGGCCGAUACCAGUUCAGCAUUGGUACCAGUUACAGUUUGUCACUACAAAGGUCAAAUCUACCUUGAGGCUGCCUGUAGACAUGAACAGUGCUGUGGUUCUUGAGGCAGAGAUUCUUCACAUGUACGCUGUAAAAUUAAUAAGCUUCGAAACUUCACCGGAGGUCGUUAUUUUUCAGUUCAGCUGUGUAAUGUUUGCGUGCGAAGAGUCCAAUUCUAAGUCAGGCCUUGUGUGCCAUCGUGACCACAUGUGGCAGCAGUGCGGAGAGUCGUUCCAUUGGGCAUGCGGUAACUUGUUCAGCCAACUUGCAGGCAUCAAGCUUUAACUGCAGCAACAGGCCAAGGAUGGAAGUUUUGUUCAUCCGAAAAGAGUAGUGACACAAAAGAUUUGAAGGCAAGAUCAUCUGCGAGAUCGAUUUGUGGGGACACAUGCGUCUACAAAAUAUCAACGAAGCGUAAACAUUGGAACACAUUUAAAAUUGAUUUCAGGGCGUGUGCUGCGUAACGGAGUGCAGCACAUCAUGAGAUCAUCGACUUGGCUGGAAUGUACGCACACAACGACCUACCCGAGUCACAUAUCUCCAAGUCUCUGGAUGAGGACGAUGUGGAGACAUUGUAAAAGCACGUGCAAGCAUAACUGUCAAUGUGAUGCUUAUGUUCAUGUGUUACUGUGCAAGGCAUGCAUGUGACAGUUCUGUGUUGGUCACGUGACCUGCUGUAUUCACAUUCCAGCCGUCCUACUUUUCUCAGUGCUCCCUAAAACCAAAACUCUGACUUGGCACUGUAGAAAUGGCACUAAACAAGUAAUUGUUGUGCACUGGAGCUAUCCAGCCGUGACAGCUAUGUCAGUAUUUAGUGUUUAAUAGAAAGACAAACUACAAAACUUAUGUGUCAGUGUAAUGGAGUCUUUAGGGCUCUCUUAAAUAACAUCUUGGCUUUGUGCUUCAAAACUAAUACUAGUUUGGUUAAUUGGUUGAAGUGAAGCGAGUUCUAUAUUUCUGCUUAACACCUAGGAGUAUGCAGCGAUUUCUUUUCGCGUAGCCAUGCUUUGCAUGUUGUGAAGUAGCUUGGGCUGUAUGUGAGCUGCUUGCACAAUUAUAACCAGAGCGCGUAAAUUUAACGUCACUUUGCUGCACAUGCACUAGGUGCAUACCAAAACUGUUGGUCACAUAGUAGGGUGUGAGGAAUACUGUACAAGUGCAGGAGAAAAAAAAAUGUUACGUAAGUGUACACGUAACACACAUAAGCCUUGCUUGCUUCACCUGGCAAACCUAAGUGCUCAGUGCCCGCGACAUGCUGAAGGAAUGGCGACAGUGUUUUCACACGCUGCCCCUCAACAAGUGUCCUUUUGUCGGAGUCCAUUCAGUGUGCCAUCAUGCCCUUGAAGUCUGCCUUAGUUGCUUCCCUGUUUUUGCAUUCAGAGGGCUGUCGGCACUGACAGUUCACUUCAGUAGUUGAAGACAGCUUGUCACAUGAAAGCUCUUUCAUUUUGCACAUGCAGUGUGCAGGAGGAAUCGGUAGUGACGUAGCUGGAGGUUGUGACGGCCUCCUACAUUCCUCAGUUUUGGAUGAAUUGAGACGUUGUCAACGUGGAAAUAACAUUCUCGUGGAAGCCUUGUCGGCUGGGCUGCGUGGCCUUUGUGCCAACUACAGCAUGGUAAUGGGCCUGUGUGGAGCAUAAGGUGUGAGUGCUUGCGGGUGUGCUAGGAGGUACUUGUUCCCUGUUUAUAUUCAGGGACGGUGGCACCUUUCGGAGCGUUCCUUUUAGACUGUGUGAUUUAAGAAAGUAUUCCUCGUGCCUGCCCUCUUACCCAUGUGACGUGUGUGUCGAACUUUCAGUCAACACUGUCGUAGAGGAGAAACUGCAAACAUGGGAAAGAGGCUUGCCUAUUUUUAUGCGAGGCCUGUUGUCUGACUAGGACAAUACCUCCAGCGCACUUGUUCUGGUGUGCGAUGCGAACUGCCAUUACGAAGCAAGGUAUUAUAUUUUGCAACAAGAACUGGUGUUCACUGUACAUAGUGUGUAACAUAUAUUUUUCACUUUUUGUAGGUAUUUUGUGUAUGUGUUUGCUAUGAAAUGUUGACAGGUUCUUUUUUUUUUAGAAGGUUGAAUUUGGGUCGUGUGACGCUACACAAGCAGCUGCAUGGGCUAGCUUGUUGCUGUUGCCAAAUAAAAACUUCGUUUUAUAUAC